AUGGGCCAUGGCAUAACCAUUAAUGGAAAAUGUGCAUAUCCGCCGCAUUUGAUAAAUAUUCAACUUGGUCAGCUAGUAAAUUUUAAAAUUACCCAAAUCCGUGCGAUAGGAGCAAAUUUCCGCCAGUUAAGGAGAAUUAAAAGAGAUACCACUCACACUAAUUAUGUGAAUGUAACUACAUCGUCGACAUCAUCGACAUCAUCAACAACAACGAAAGUACCUGCUACUACUAGAUCGACUUUAAUACCAAUUAUUGUUCCUGCCAUAGCUACUCCUAUGGGAAUAAUUGCCAUUGGUAUUGUUGCAUAUUUAUGUAAAAAACAGCAACAUGAGCUCAAUUUACAGCAAUCGGCAGAAAGAAAUCGAGUACGCGAUACUACACUUUCUAAUUCAGCAAGGCGACAAAAAGAAACUGCAUUUCAAACUUCUGCAUGGAAAAAUACCAAUCAUCAAGCCCAACAAGAUGAACAUUCCAGCUUAAUAACUAAUAGUGAUAACUUUGUUUGCCUCAGUGUUAGCUCCUCUAAUCUUCCCCGAAGUAUAACAUAUGUCUCAACAAUAUCACAAGCUACCACACCAAUGCCUAUGAUGAUUAAGAACUCGCUAAGAAAUCAUAUACAGUAUCCAGAUAUGCGAAAUUCUACAUCAUCAAGUGAUAGUAUGCCCGAUUCUGAUGCUAAAAGAAUUCAAAAUUCUAUAAUGCAUCUAUAUCAACGACAAGAAAGCGACAAUCAAAAGAAAAUUCUAAAUCAGGAAAAUGUAAUUCCCUCGGUAAAUAUCAAUACAACAACAGCAAUGACAGAUCAAGUCGAAGAUAGUAAACAUAUUCUGCCAUCAAAUGGUAAACAUAGUGAAUCUAACAUUCCAAAUGAGCAAAAAAUAGACCGUAUAAUGGUAGUCAGUCCGGUUAGUCUCCAAGUUUCAACGGAAAACGAUAACGAUUGGAAAUAUCCACAGGCUUACCCAGCACAAGAUAUUCGACAGAGUGAAGAUGCCAAUCGUGAACAAGGAAAUAAUUCAAAUAGUGCUCUUCCUCAUGUUGCUAGUGAUGUAAAACUACCAGCUAAAAAAGAAACUACUGAUCCUGUCAUUGUAGAGAAAAUUCAGGAUAAGGAAGAAAGUAAUAGCCAAGUUAACCGACAAAGUAGAUCUACUCCUAAUGAAAAACUAGAAAUGCAGGAAAAGGAAGAAAACAAUAAUCGAGUUAAACGAUCAAGUAGAUCUGCUUCUAAUGAAACACUAGAUAUACAAGACAAGGAAGAAGACAAAAACCAAGAAAAUCGAAAAUGUAAAUCUACUACUAACGAAAUACUAGAUAUACAUGAAAAGGAAGAGGAUAAUAGCCAAGUUGACCAAAAAAAUAGAUUUACUUCUAAUGAAAUACUAGAAAAUACUAUUGCGGAAGCUGACGUACUCAUUGCCGAAAAUAACCAUAUCUAUGAUCCUAAAUGUGAUGUAAAAGAUAUCAAACAUAACGAUAAAUCAGACAAUAAAAUUCAAAACGGUCACGAUAAUCCUAUACAAGAUACUAUAGCUCUAGAAGUUGAAAAUACUAACGAUCUAAAUUUAUCUUUAAAAAUGCUAGAAGAUGAAAUAUUAGACAGCACAAAAUAA